AAGCAACACGUGUAUGUGUGUAAACAAAAUUUGCUCACCGCUGUUUAAGUUAUAAUUUAAUAAUAAAAUAUGGUUGGAGCUACCGAAGUUAAUUUUCCUAGAGGAGGGAAUAAAGUUUCAAAUUUAUUGAAACUAAAUAAAAAAAGUCGCCCAACAUUUAAGUUGUUUGGAAACAAAAAUAUCAAAAGUAAAACCAAGAAGAGAAGUAUUAAUAAGAAAAAUAAAGAUGAAAAGAAAGAAAGAUUUAAUCUUGAUGCGUCUCAAAUUGUCACUUCGACUACGGCAGAACUCUUAACUUAUAAAACUCUGCAAGAAGGCAUGGUUGUAUUAGCAAGUAUAAGAGAGAUAAAUAAAAUGGGCUUAUCAUUAUCAUUACCAGGACGUAUAUCUGCUAAAGUACCGAUUACACACAUUUCGCAACCUUAUACUAAUCUUUUGAAAAAUAUUGUUCAACAAAAUAACGCACCUGAGGAAUACAGAGGUUUAUCAAAAUUGUUUUCCGUUGGACAGUAUGUGCGUUGUAAAAUAAUCGAAUCGCUUCAUUCAGACGAAAAUUAUUAUAAAGUUACGGCAUCCAUUUCACCCCAUGACAUUCAAUCAGAUUGGAAAUGUACACAAUUAAAAAAAGGAUUAGUUAUCACAGUUGCUGUUAGCAGUGUGGAAGAUCAUGGAUAUGUGAUGGAUACUGGUAUUCAGAAUACACGUGCAUUUUUACCUAAAAAAAAUGUACAUGAGACGUUAGAAAUUGGUCAAGUAAUUUGGUGUAAUAUUGCUGAAGUAACCGAGUCAAAUUUAUCUAGUACUAUUGUUUUGAAUGCCAAAUCAAAUGUUGUAUUUUUGAAAAAUGCAAAGACGACUACAAUUCAAGAUUUGUUACCUGGAAUGCGAGUACCGUUUACUGUAGAGAAGAAAAUAUCCGACGGUUUAGAAGGGAAAUUUUUUAACGAUUUUACUGGCUACAUAUCUAGUAAUUAUUUAGAAAAACCAUUACAAAAUUUAGAUAAAUAUAAUCCGGGUGAUACAUUAGAAGCAUAUAUAUUGUAUAUAAUGCCAACAACAAAAUUAACUUGUUUAACAUUGUAUGAUAUAUCCUCAAAACCUGAAAUCACUUUAAAAGAAGGAUAUGCAACUACGGCAAAGGUUCUAUCGCGUAUGGGAAAAGGUCUAUACUUGAAACUAACGAAAACUGAGAGAGGUUUUGUAUCGUACAAUCGUUUAAAAAAGAAAACAGACGACAUAGAACAAUCGUUAAAUGCAUAUCAAAUUGGUUCAUCACAUCAAUGCCGUGUACUCGAUUUUGAUUUAAUGGAACGUGUCUACAUCUGUACAUUAGAGAAACAAUUGGUGAAUGAAAAGUAUUUUAGUGUUCAUGAUUUAAAUCUUGGUGAUUUAGUACCGGUGAUUAUUGAAAAAAUUAAACCGAAUGGUAUUGAAGUGAGAGCUGGUCGUCUUACUGGUUUUGUUAAAACAUUACAUGUCUCUGAUAUAAUACUACAGAGUACUUCGUUGAAUAAAAAAUUUCAAAUUGGCCAGAAAGUAAAUGCCCGAGUUUUGGAAUUAAAUUUCGAAAAUAAACAAGUGAAAUUCACCUUAAAACCUUCUUUGGUUGAAUCAGAUUUAGAAUGUUUGACAUCUCUGGAAACUGUGAAUAAAAGUUUAUAUUAUUUAGGAGUAGUUGUACAGAUAACAAAUAAAGGAAUUUUAGUAACAUUUUAUGGCGAAAUUCGUGGAUGGAUUCCUACAAAUCAAUUAAAUUUGAGACAAGGAGUACAAGUUGAGGAGGUUUUUUAUAUUGGACAAGUGAUUAAAUGCAGAAUUUUAACCGUAAAUUUAGAAGCUAAAAAAAUGACAUUGACCCUGAAUCCUGAAGCAAAGCAAAAGAAAGUAAAAUCUUUAAAAAUAGGACAAAUUGUUCAAGCAGAUAUUGAAAGUGUAAUUUCUAAAGGUAUAGAAAUGAAGAUACCGAAAGUGGAUGGGAAAGCAUUAUUACCAGUUGCUCAUUUGUCGGAUAAUUUAAAAUUAGCACCUGCUUUAUUAGAACAUUAUAAAACAUGUAAGAGAAUAAAAAAUCUAAUUUGUAUUGGUAUAACUCCUGACACCGCUUAUUUAUCUUUAAGAGAAACAAAAUAUUUUGAAAAUGUGCCUACUUUUGAAAGCAUAAAAGAAGGAACAUUACUUAGAUGUUCUUUUAAAAGAUUUGUUAACAACGGUUUAUUAUUAUUUUCACCUAUAAGAAACUUUCGAAGAUUUGUAUUUAUCCCUAAGAUGCAAAUAACUGACGAUAAUUUAGAAGAUUUUAAAACAUUAAAAUUAGAAAAAUAUCAACCGUUAAUGGCUAAAGUAAUUGCAGUGGAUAAGAAAACAGAAGCAAUUAUUGCAACAACUAAAUUAUCUGAAUGUUGGGAUAAGUCAUUAGAUUUCGGUGUUAAUUAUUUGGAUCAAUAUUUGAAAGAAAUUGAUAUCAUACGAGAAUGUUGGAAAAAUAAUCAAGAUCCGUUAGCUGAAAUCAAAUUAGGGCAACGAAUUAAAUCAAAAAUUUCAAAUAUUGCCGAUUCUGGUGAAUGUAAUUUAGAAUUAGCGAACAAUUUAAAAGGAGUUGUAAUAAAAGAACAUCAUACAGAUGAAUUAAAAGUCAAACAAAAGACACAAGGAGUGGUUUUAUGGAUUGAUUUUCAUUCAAAAGAUGUAAUAAUUUCUUUAUUAAAGAGGCAUCAAAAUGAAGUUAGUGAAGAUCAAGGUGUAUUGGUACAACAAAUCUCUAUUGGAACAAUAGUAAAAUGUGAAAUAGUUCUUAUAAAGGAUGAAUUUGCAUUAGGUGUGAUGUUUGAAAAUGGAAAUAAACAAUUUCUAUUUUUACCAACAAUAUUGCAUUACAACGAUUUUACAUCAAAUAUCAAUGACUACGAAAUCGGAUCAAUAGUAUUCGCUAAAAUAUCUAGAAUUGUAGACGAACGGUGGUACAUUGGACUAUUAAAAGUUGAAAAAAUGAAAAAAAUUGAAAAAUUAGAACAAAUUACAAUCAAAGACGAAAUCGAAGAAGUUGAGACAGUAGAACAUCAAGAUAUUAAAAAAGAAACCAAACAAAAAUUGAAAAAACGUAAAAUUGAAGAAACUUUAAAAACUGAUAAGGAAUUGAAUGAAACUGUUACAAAUAAUAAACUAUCAAAAAAACAAAAAAAAUCACAAUCAGAGAAACCUAUUUUGUCUGGUAUGGAUAAUUUUUGGAAUUUGACUGUUGAUGCAAUACAUAAUAAUGAUGAUAAUUCAAAAGAAAGUGACGAAGAUGAAGAGGUAUUGGAACCAAAAAAGAAGAAAAAACAGAAAUCAUCCAAGUUAGAGGAAACAAAAUCAGAAGAAGCUCGUAUACAAGAAAAAGAAAUUAUUCUUGCAGAUUCAAGUGCAACACCAACGUCUGUUGAACAAUUUGAUAGGCUUGUACUAGCCGAACCAAACAAUUCACAUAUCUGGAUUAAUUACAUGGCAUUCCAUUUACAAUCAACUGAAAUUGAGAAAGCUCGAUCAAUUGCUAAAAAAGCUUUGAAUACAAUUUCAUUUAGAGAGGAACAAGAAAAAUUAAACGUAUGGAUAGCAUAUUUGAAUCUUGAAAACAGAUAUGGAACAAAACAAUCAUUUUCAUCAGUAUUAGAUGAGGCUGCUAAAAUGAAUGAUUCCAGACAAAUCCACAUGCGUGCUCUACAUAUCCUCGCUGAUAGCAAAAAACAAAAUGAAUUCAAUGAUCUGUUAAAUGUUGUUUUAAAAAAAUAUAAACAUUUAUCAGAAACGUGGCAAGAAGCAGCAACACAUUGUUUUCAAUUAGGUUUAACUGACAAGGCGCAUCAACUUUUGCAACGUGCAUUAACAUGUUUGGAUAAAAAAUUACACAUUAAUUUCCUAGUUCAAUUUGCUUAUCUGGAAGUGAAAUAUGGAAAUCAAGAACGAGCGGAAACUUUAUUCGAACAAGUAUUAGGAUCUUAUCCCAAUCGGGUAGACAUUUGGUGUUCGUAUAUUGAUAUGCUAGUAAAAGCAUCUAGGAUAGAUGUUGCAAGGAAAGUUUUGGAUUCGGCUGUGUCUUUACAACUAAAUCCUCGUAAAAUGAAAACUUUAUUUAAAAAGUACAUUGACUUUGAAACAAUUCAUGGAAAUGAAGAAAGACUUCAACAAGUUCGUGAAAUGGCUGUAAAAUAUGUACAAAGAGAAACAGCAUAAAAUUAUAUUACUUAGAUUUAUAUUAGUUACUUUUAUAACUGUAAAUAAAAGAAAGGCGCAAUUAAAAACGAUU